AUGGACGAGAUAGUUGUUGAUCCCGGUUCUAGCGCCGCCCAGUUCAGUAUCAUGCAGUCGCAACAACCACCCCAGCACGGCCCCGAGGUCCGCCUGACCGCCGCCGGUGUGCCCCGCAAGAAGCCCGGUCGCAAGCCGAAACCCAAAGAUCCCGCCGACGAGAACUCGACCGCUACCGAACAACAGCCUAAGCAGCGCCGUCCGCGCAAGCCCAGAGACCCCAAUGCCCCUCCCAUCCAGAGAAAGAGGAAAGCGGCCGCGACCGACGCCCCCGAUGCCGCCGAUAUUGCCGACCACGACACCUCGAUGGAGAUUGACACCUCGUUGGCUUCUGCCAAUCGUUUUAGUCUCGGCGGCCCCAGCAGGUUAGAAGCGCCCAUCAAUUCCCUCGAUCAACGGGCGCAAAAGAUACCCAAACGCGAACCGUCCCAUGCCGUGUCCAUGAGCCAGCUGCUCAACGAAGUUGACCCACCGCCGAAGCCCCAGCCUGCCGCUGCCAAACAAGUCUAUGAUCCCGUAAGAAGCAGUUACGACCCGGUCCGCGAAACCAUGAUGUCCAGAGACGUUUUCGGCACCGGCUCUAUUAUGGGCUCGCCCCGCGCACCUACCUCACAGCCUGUUAUUAACCGCGCCAGCGCCUCGCCAUCGAUUGCGAGCUUGGUCGAUCCUCCUGCUCCCCCCAACAUCGCUUCGCCUGUUCCGUCACACCAAACGCCUUACAGCACUGCUGCCCCUACAAGAUCACGACUCCAAGAGUCAACAUCUGCUACUCCUUCGUCAUCCAACCCUGCGCGCCCCACGCUACAGCAAAUCACAAAGCCGCAAAUCAUCGAAGUCAGGCGUGCCCCUCCGCCGCCUCCCGCACCAGCGGCCUCCCACAGAAAGCCAUCACCUCCCAAAAACUCGUUCACUAGUAUGUCCACAGUUCCGCCGACAUCAUCGGCAGCAGCUGCUACCAACGCAGUAACAGCGGCCCCUUCAACAACAGCUCCGCCCACCAACAACAAGAAGCUCACAGCUCUUGUGCAACAAGAACGCGAAAGCACAAAUUCCCGCGGAAACAAGACUGGUAGCAACCAUUCUUCAGAAGCGGUUAAACGCGACGGAGGCAGCAACAGCCUAAAAGAUGCUCUCCUUCCCCCUUUACCCUCUGUCGGUGGUCACGGCACAGAGCGCUCCAUCCUCGACUUUGGCAAAGCCAACCCCGGUCAAGAAAUCGAAGCACCAUCUAUCAAGAUCCACGUCCCUUUGAACGGCGAAACGAACAAAUACGUCAACUUCAUGCGCAUGGCCGAGGAGCAAUACGGUUGGGACGCUUUACACCCUCGACAAGCAGCCAACCGGGAGCGCAAAGCUCGCAUCGCAGCCGCUACUGCCGCGCUCGAGAAGUCAGUUGGCGCCAGCGGGCGGGAGUCAGGAGAGGAAAUGGACGAGGACAUCCAAUCGGACGCGGAGAACAGUAACAUUGAGAUGGGCGGCAUGGGUGUUUCUCAUGCUCUUACUAAUGGCGCAGCUGCCUCCGGCCCAGAGGCACCAGCAAAGCCGGCGAGGAAAAAGAGAAAUUUCAAGGAGGACGAAUAUGAUAUCGAUGAUGACUUUGUCGACGACUCGGAGAUGCUCUGGGAGGCGCAAGCGGCUGCUUCCAGGGAUGGAUUCUUUGUUUACUCUGGUCCGCUGAUCCCCGAGGUACCCAAACCGGAGGUCGUACCCCCUGCUCGUCGCGGACGCGGUGGAGGAAGGGGCAGCAGAGGUGGCCGCGGCGGGACAACACGCGGUGGUGCUGCUAGCGCGGCACAUGGGGCGGAUGGUACAGCAACGGAGAAACCCAGUGGACGCGGACGAGGCGGUGGACCGGGGAGUAGAGGUGGUCGGGGCGGCGGUGAUGGGACGAGGAAGCCGCGGAUUACGAAACUGGAGAAGGAGCAGAGAGAUAAGGAGAAGGCGGAGAGGGAGAAGGAAAUGAAGGAGAGGGAACGGUUGGCAAUUAUUACAGCGGCGGCGAAGGCCAACGUGGCAGCGGGUGGAGGAGGAGGACCGUAUAUGUUGGGAUUGAGUCCGCCUCCUGCUGCGGCGGGAGGACCCACGGCGAUGAUGAUUGAUUAG